AUGCUAGGCAGCGCAGAUAGAGAUGCUUUAUGCUCACUUUCUAUUCUACUAGGUAAUCACCGCAAUGCUUUAAGUUGUGCGGUGAAACCAAUAUCUACUCUUCUUCUACCAGACAAAUAUGCUCCCUGUAUGGUUCCCACUAUUCCAUCACCCAAGGAAUUACUCUCUCCUAACUGGGGACAUAGCCGACCUCGAGAAUAUGUUAAACUCCUUGAAGGAUUGGUUAGUUCCUGGAGGAUAUUUGCCACAAAACGUGAAGUCCACGUAGGAGAAAACUCUUCAUAUCCCUCCUCCGUCAACAAUGACUCUCCCAGAUUAGAUGACUUAACGGAAUUAGACGAAGGCACUUUCAAAGAAUCCUCCUCCUGCUCACCACCAAAUUCUCCCUCUACAACCAAUUCCAUCCCCUCUUCCAAUUCCUCUGGCGCUAUUGGUGCUGUUUCCUCAUCCCAUGGAGCCAGACUGACACCCGCCUCAUCAAUCGAUGCAUCUCAAAAUGGAUCCGAUUCACCUGAAGUUGGAAAAGAUCAGAAUAAUCGCACCAAGCGAUAUCGAAAGGCACGGGCCUACUUCCAGCCCCAUCACUUGCGUGCUUUAGAAGGUUUUUAUAAGCAGCAAACCUAUCUUUCCACACAUGAUCGAGAACUAUUAGCUCAGAGACUUAACCUCUCCGAAGACAGAAUCCGAACAUGGUUUCAAAAUCGCAGAAUGAAGGAAAAACGAAAGCCUAGAUCAUUCAAUCCUUCUUCCACGUCAGUACUCAACCUAUCCGUUAAUAAAGGAAUCAUGGAACAUUCGAAUAUGUAA